AUGCUUCCCAUCAAAGUUGAAGGAUCACUAGUGAUGGACGACAAUAUGAUGGACGCCCGCUUUCCAGGAGGAUGCUCCAACCCACCAGACGUUGUUUUUACUAUGAGAAAGCAACUCGAGAGAAAGGAGGUCAUGGCCGAGAUGCAGCCACUGCUUCUACGCCUUCGCGACAAGUGGACUGAGGAACUGGCCGCGGAUAUUGCGGCAACUCUAACGGCCCGAAAGCUUCAAGUGAUGGAGCCGCAAGCGAAGGGACUGCUCUCCGGGUGGAUCUAUCAACAAGAAGAUCCAAAAUACGUUCAGUGGCUGAAGGACGCAGAGGUAGACAUGAUCUCCGUUUCAUGGUGGGAGCAUUUAACAAUCCCCGGCGAGGAAUACUGGUCGUCUACGAUAAUCAUGCGCUCUGUUCUUCAAGAGAUGGAUGAGGCUGUGAAGACGCUCAAGCUUCCAACUGAUCAGGAAGAGUUCUUCGAAAAGUCAUUGUCGAUGCUCAAGAUGUUCGUGGGGCGUGUGGAUUGGCUUACCAGGAAACAAGAAGAAUUUCCAAGACUGAAGCCCGACACUUUGAAGCUUCUCAUGUGUGGCGAGUACGGUCGAUGCAGCUCGCCGGACUACUAG